GCGCCGUCGCAUGUGCGGUGUAAUAGCAGCCGCGCGCCGCCGCGUGUGCGGUGUAAUACCAGCCGCGCGCCGCCGCAUGUGCGGUGUAAUACCAGCCGCGCGUGCGGUGUAAUAGCAGCCGCGCGCCGUCGCGUGUGCGGUGUAGUAGCAGACGCGCGCCGCCGCGUGUCGCUGCUGAGCGCGCAGGUACAAGCCGUGGAAUUAGCGCCACUUAGUUUCGACGUCGAGGAGAAAGCUCUCGACUAAUGUUCUUUUUGCCGCUCGCCCACUCCACGAAGGAGAGCAGCAGCAAGUCUGUCAGUGGACGACAAUGAGCGUGGAAGUGUGACGUGCCGAUCAGCCGCGGACCUCAGCAUUAUUCACUUUUAUUUCUACACUUGUCGCCACCAUGGGGGAACAACCCAUCUACACCACCAGGGCCCAUGUCUUCCAGAUAGACCCUAGUACCAAGAAGAACUGGGUCCCUGCCAGCAAGCAGGCUGUUACUGUCUCCUACUUCUAUGACAGCACACGCAACAGCUAUCGCAUCAUCAGCGUGGAUGGAACCAAGGUGAUCAUCAACAGCACCAUCACGGCCAACAUGAUGUUCACCAAGACCUCCCAGAAGUUUGGCCAGUGGGCCGACAGCAGAGCCAACACGGUCUUUGGUCUGGGAUUCACUUCUGAGCAGCAGCUCUCCAAGUUUGCGGAGAAGUUCCAGGAAGUGAAAGAGGCGGCGAAGAUGGCGAGAGAGAAAUCUCAAGACAAGGUGGACAUCAGGAGCACACGGAUCGACCUCAAUAACGAUACUUUUGAUUUCAAGCAGGACUCUGGACCUUCAUCUCCAGGGUCCAAGCAGGCCUCCAGCUUCAAUGGCACUGAUGAUGAGAAGAUCUUCAAAGUGGGUCCAGAGAUGCUCCUGAUGAAGACUGAGCAUGAAAGUACAGCACAACAAAGCAAGUGGGAGGCGGAGCUCCAGAGUCUGCGGGAGAAGAACUCCAUGUUGGUGGAGGAGCUGCAGCACGCCUCCACCAACAUGGACGUCUGCAAGAAGCAAGUCGGCGCCUGCAAGGAGGAAAGUGACGCACUUCGACAGAAGAUUGCAGAACUGGAGUUGCAGUGCCAGGAGGCGGCUCAGGAGCAGCAAAGGAACGCAGAACUUUUAGGGCGUGUGCAGCAGUUGGAGGCGGAGCUACGUGACAAACACCAGGAGGUAGAGAACCUCAGGAGGCAGGCAGAGAUAAUCCCCCAACUCAUGGCCGAGUGUGACAACAUCACCUCCAAACUGCAGGUACACACACACACACACACACACACACACGCACGCACGCACACACACACACGCGAUGAAAAAUCAUUUAACAAUGUUGUGUGCACAUAAUGACAUCAUCAAGUG